AUGUUAACAUUAUUAUUCUUACAAGUGGUGUUAUCCCAGAAGAUUUUAGAUUCUCCACUUGAGUAAGUCAUAUGGUGCAAAUCAGAAACCUUUAUACUUACAGCCAAAGGAAUGCUCUAUAAAAAUUUCACUUCUGAAAUGCCUAAAUUUAUUAGCAAUGUAAUCAACCCACCAUUACUAUUUAGUUUACUAUUAGAGAAAUCUUGUAAUCUCAAGCAGAUAUUUAAGUACUCUAUUUUAUUGGAGAUUUAGAUACAUCUUAUGUCUCUUAAAAUUGUGGAAAAACUUAUACUAAAUUUAAACAUGAGAAGACAUUACAUGAUUUCAAACUAAAUUCAUUGGAAGCUCAUAGCUUGAUGGCUUUUAAAGAUUUUAGAUGCAAUUCAACUACUACUUUAUGCAAAGAUAAAUAUAAAAAAUAGAUUUAUGUUAGUAAUGAUUAUGGAGCUAAUUGGAGAAUGGUACUUAAUAGAACUAGGGAUGCUAUAUGGGAUAAAUUGAUUGAAUUACCAGAAAUUCCAGAUUCAAGAAUUGUUGCUUCAUAUCUUAAUGAUUAAGGUCAUUUAUAAGUAAGUUAUAGUGAUGAUUACUUUAAAACAUUUCAAUUAUUAAGAAAUAAUUCCUAUGGAUUUUAUUAGACUAAGGAAUAUCUUUUUAUUUUAAUUGAUGCUGAUUCUUUUAGUAAGGGUUAUGAUUUAGAAGUAAUAAAAUAAGGGACAUUGAAUCCAGUAGAAUUAGUUUUGCCUAUAGAAGAUCAUCAAAAGUAUACUUUUACUGUGUUGGAUACUGUGAAUGGAUCUAUAUUUAUAUCUAUUUCUCAUCUUGAAGAUAUGCCAAAAAUAAUGAAUAUUUAUUAAAGUGAAAAUAGUGGCACAAAAUACACCUUAUCAUUAUUAAAUAAUGUAAGAAGUUUGGAUACUGGAAAUUGUGAUUUUGAACCAAUUAUUAGAGGAACCUAUAUAGCAAAUAUUUAUGAUAAUACAGAAUUUGAGAAAUUUAAAAUGAGAAGAUCUACAAAAAAUACAGAUGGAAUUAAAAGAUUAGAAAACUAUAAAUAAACAAGAAUUACAUUUGAGUAAGGAGGUGAUUGGCAUGCACUUAAAGCACCAAAAUAUGAUUAUAAAGGAUAACCUAUUCAAUGUAAUGGUGAUUGUUCUUUACAUUUACUAGGAAGAAGUGAAGCUCCUCGUAAUAGGAUCAUUAGUCAUUCUUACAUUGCUAUUGGUACAGGAAAUACAGGUAUUUAUUUAGGAAAUGAAUAUAAAACUUAUCUUUCUAGAGAUGGAGGUCAUACUUGGUUUGAAAUAUUAGAUGGAAUGCAUAUAUAUGAUAUUGCUGAAAAUACAGGACUCAUUGUAUUUGUAAGUGAUGAGGAAUAAGCUAAUGAAAUAUUGUAUACAUGGGAUGAAGGCUUAACGUUCUAAAAAAUUAAAAUGAAUGUUACCUUUGAUAUCACAAAUGUUGUAUAUAAGAAUGGUAAGUUUCUAUUUCAUGGAAUUCAAGAUAGCAAAACUCUAGGAGUUGCUAAAGAAGAUGAUUUUACUUCAAGUGCUCUCAAAGGGGUUGUUGUAUCAUUAGAUAUUAAUUAAAUUAUGGUCAGAGAAUGUUAAGGUUUUGAUAGUCCAGGUGAAUCUGAUUCAGAUUAUGAAUUCUGGUAUCCUUCAAAUUAUGCAGGAGACAAAUGUUUAUUUGGAUAGAAAGAAAAAUAUAUCAGAAGAAAAAGAAGUUCUUAAUGUUAUAAUAAGUAACCAAAUUUACCUAUUUAAACUGAAAAUUGUCCAUGCACUAAAGCUGAUUGGGAAUGUGAUGUAGGAUAUCAAAGAAAUAUAUAUUCAGAAUGUGUUCCAAUGAAAGAAAUUAAAUCUAAGCCAUGUAAGGGAACAUAUCUAAAAAGUUAAGGAUAUAGAAAAAUAUCUGGGGAUGAAUGUUAAGAUGGGUAUAUAUCUAUUUUUAAAAUAUAGAGUCUAUUUAGGACCUAUUGAAACAAAAUGUACUGAAGAAGAUUAAGUCACUUAAAAGGAUAAUAUUAAUAUCAAAUAAAGUAAGGUUAAUGAUAUACCAAAUUAAAAAGAACCAAUUAAACCUUAAAUUAAUAAUCCUUAAAAAACUAACCCAAUUAUUCAAGAAACUACUGAGAGUGGAAUUAAAUAUUCAUACUUUAUUUUUGGAGUUAUUUGUUUAAUAAUCACAUAUGUUAUUAAAAAAAAAUAUUUUGAUGGAAAUGAUUAAAAUAAAAAAAAAUAUCCAGCUUAUUAUUAUCCUGUAAAAUCAUCUGAAAAAUAAAGAUUAUUUGCUGAACCCUGA